AUGGCUACGCAAAAGCCUGGUGAAUGGGCUAAUUCACUUUUAGCUCGUUUCGAAGAUCAGCUUCCUAAUAAAUCGGCACGUAUGAGUCAAGAUCAACUUGUGGGUUGCUUGAUACAUAUAUCUCGCUACCGUUUUUCCUUAGUUAUAUCGGGCUUAACAAAAAUGCUUCAACGUGUCAACAACGAAGCCGUCCAAAGUCGUCACGAACCCGAUCGCUGUUAUUUCGAAUCGACCGUCAUUAUUCUAACUACUCUGGAGCGUUGUCUGACAAACCAGACUAAGGAUACGGCUCGUUUUGAAGAAGCAAUGAAUGUAAAAUUAUUAUUACGCGAAAUAACACAAUUUAUAGAUGUACAAAAUGAUAAUACACCAAAUGCCGCCCAGCUUAAAUCUUUAGCUUCUAAGGUUCUAUUUGCUUUAUCACAAAAUCAUUUCCCCGCAGUAUUUAAUCGGAUAUCAGCUCGUAUACAAGAGCUUGCCGCUUGUUCUGAUGAAAACCCCGAUUGCACUGACAUCGAGCUGAUACAACACAUUGAUAUGGAUAUGGCGAAGUUGACAAAGUUACUACAAGAAACUAUCACAAAAUUUCGAUCGAAGAGAGCUCCACCUUUAAUUCUAUUAAAUUCUAUUGAAAAAGCUAUUUGGAACUGGAUCGAGUAUCAUCCGCAAGAAUUCCAAGAUUUACAACGUGGCUUAAGUCGUGAUAUAUCGACUGGUCUAUCGACGUGUUGGGAACCGUUAUUAGAUUUUAUAGAGACUUACAAAGCUGAAAACAAGAAAAGUAAGACAACUGUGUGGCCGUUACAGAUGCUGCUGUUAAUUUUAAAUCCGGCAAGUUUGGAAGUUACUGUUAACGAAUUGCAGCAGGGUGAAAAAGAAAAAGAAAAGCUAUCCACUAAAAUUCAAUCACGGGAUAAGGAUUUCUCCGCGAAACAAUUUGUGGAAAGUGUAAAACGUGGCUUGGGACCUCAUUCUCCUUCCAAGCAAGUGACAGAAUCGGCAGCUAUAACAUGUGUUAAACUAUGUAAAGCAUCGACGUAUGUUAACAUUAGUGAUUCGAAUAAUGCCAUCUUUAAAUUGGUUCAAUACGUUAUCAACGAUUUGAAAAGCCUACUUUUUAACCCAGUAAAGCCUUUCUCUCGCGGUCAAGGCUAUAAUUUUGCUGAUGUAGAGCUUAUGAUUGAUUGUUGGGUUUCGUGCUUUCGUAUUAAUCCUCACAAUAUAGAGGCUUUAAAAGUUUGCUUAAAUCUUAAUUCACCACAAGCCUAUCAUUUCGUGAUUGUAUGCUCUUUGCUAAGGUUGGCGCAUAUUUACGUUGAUUUCCGUUUACAAAAUAAAAAUCCUUUCCGGAUAGUGAAUCAGCCUCAUUUACCAUGGUGGCCGCAAACUGAGGUGGUACACUAUCGAUCCUCAGAGCUGCGGGCUCUUUUCACUGAUACGCUUAACAAGGCCACUCAAGGUUAUAUAGCGCAUACGCCUUUACGUAUGAUAACAUCGCUUACCCUUAAGACAAAAGAUACCCAAAAAGGACUUACGCGUUCCGAAGAAGUGCUGGCUCAUAAAAUGUUGCUCUUACUAUUGGUUCGCCUAAUACAUGCUGAUCCUACUUUGCUUUUAAAUACUCAGGGGAAAGUGGCUCAUGAGGUACAGAGUUCUACCUUAGAACUAAUUAAUGGACUUGUUAGCUUAGUUCAUCAACCAUCCAUGCCAGAUGUAGCACAAGAAGCUAUGGAAGCUCUAUUGGCUUUACAUGCAGCUGAAAAAAUUGAAAUCUGGAAUCCGGAAGCUCCGAUCAAUACAUUUUGGGAUGUCAGCUCGCAAGUCUUGUUCUCGAUUUCUCAGAAACUUAUACAGCAUCAAAUCGCCAAUUAUACUGAUGUACUUAAAUGGUUGCGAGAGAUUCUUAUUUGCCGCAACACAUUUCUACAACGUCACAAAGAUUAUGCUCAUGUUGGCAGUCAAAUAGCUAUCUGCAAGCAAGCCCAUAUUAAAUUAGAGGUCGUGUUUUUUAUGUACCUUUGGUCCGUAGAUUUAGAUGCUGUCUUAACCUCGCUUUCGUGUUUCGGCCUGUUAUGCGAAGAAGCUGAAAUAUGUUGCGGAUCUGAUGAGCUAACGGUAGCUAUGCUUGUGCCUAAUUACAUGAUAUAUCAAGAAUUAUCACAACUUUCAGCAGCUGCUUCGGAUUUUCGUGUUUGUUUUUACGAUAGUAGUCAUGGAAAUGCUUUAAAUCGUUUGAAUCUUCAAAAGCGUAUCAUGCAAUUACUACGAAAAAUAGAACAUUGUGUUCAUGGCGUGCAGCCGGCUUGGGAAGAGACUUUUAGAAACUGGGAGAUUAUGAGUAAAAUGCUACAAACUUAUCCCAAAUGUAAGACAGAUGAUGGUCAAGCGGAAAUUUUUCAUCGUGGUGUAGGAAAACGGAGAGCUAGCCAUCAAAGCUCUGAACAUGAUCUGGAGGAGCAAAUUAGCGAAUGGGCUAACAUGACAUGGUUUUUGUUGACUUUAGGUGGAGUAUGCUUAUUAAAGCGUCGCCAACAAACUGCAACCGCCCAAAUACCGCAGCAUCCAAAUCUAUCUACGUUGGGAUCUACGCAAGCGAAUAUAAACAAUUAUGCGAUACAGCAAAAAAUAAAUUCGCUAACGUGUCAAAUAAUUCCACAGGCUCAUAUUCAAGUAGCCUGUCAAGGCUCAAUAGGUUCACUAGGCCAAACAUCUUUGUAUUCAUUUUCCAGCUCUUCGAGCUCUGGCCGUGGAUCGUUACACCCAAAUUCGGCAUCGAGUACAACAUUGGCACAAGGACCACAGCAGGAAGUACAAUAUUGUCCAGUUACCCAAUUCAUUGGCCAGCUGCUUCGUUUGCUGGUGUGUAAUAAUGAAAAAAUCGGUUUGAAUAUUCAGAAGAAUGUUAAGGAAUUGGUGGGUGAAGAAAUGUCCACAUACCUAUAUCCCAUACUAUUUGAACAAAUUAGAGCCAUUGUGGAAAAGUUUUUCAAUCAACAAGGCCAAGUCAAUGUCACGGAUAUUAAUACGCAAUUCAUUGAGCACACAAUUUACAUAAUGAAAUCAAUAUUGGAUCCAAAACCGACUAAAGAUGCUAGCAUUGAACAACCGUCAACCUCCGAAAACCUGGGAGUUACCAGCAUAGAAGGUAUGAUGUUAGGCAUAGUUCGUUAUGUUAGACAUUUGGAUAUGACCGUUUAUGCGAUACGCAUUAAAACAAAACUAUGUCAACUUGUUGAAGUGAUGAUGAAACGCCGAGAUGAUUUGGCUUUUCGCCAGGAAAUGAAAUUUCGUAAUAAAUUAGUUGAAUAUUUAACCGAUUGGGUAAUGGGCACUUCUCACCAAAUAGCACCACCUAGUUCGGCUGAUGCUUCCUUGAUAACUAACACGUCCUUGAUAUUUCGAGAUUUGGAUCAGGCAUGUAUGGAGGCAGUUGCUGCCUUACUACGUGGAUUACCUUUGCAACCUGAGGAAUCGGAUCGUGGUGACUUAAUGGAUGCCAAAAGUGCUCUGUUUCUAAAAUAUUUUAUCUUAUUCAUGAAUCUGUUAAACGACUGUAUCGACAGUUCAGAAGCUGAAAAAGAGCUUAGCAACGCGCCUUUAUUACCACCUCGUCCACGGAUGGCAGCUGGGAAAUUAACAGCUUUACGAAAUGCAACGAUACAAGCUAUGUCCAACCUCUUGGGAGCUAACAUUGACUCAGGCUUUUUGCACUCUAUCGAUUUAGGCUACAAUCCUGAUUUACAAACGCGGGCAGCCUUUAUGGAAGUGCUGACCCAAAUUCUACAACAAGGCACCGAAUUUGAUACUCUGGCUGAAACUGUUUUAGCCGAUCGUUUUGAACAAUUGGUGCAAUUGGUCACAAUGAUCAGCGACAAAGGCGAACUACCUAUCGCCAUGGCUUUGGCAAAUGUUGUAACAACCGCACAAAUGGAUGAAUUGGCUCGAGUUCUGGUGACCUUAUUCGAUGCUAAACAUUUACUGUCGCCACUCUUAUGGAAUAUGUUCUAUCGUGAGGUGGAGGUUUCGGAUUGUAUGCAAACAUUGUUUCGUGGAAACUCGUUGGGAAGCAAAAUUAUGGCUUUUUGCUUCAAAAUAUAUGGUUCCAGUUAUCUACAAAUACUGUUAGAGCCUCUAAUCAAAUCGUUAUUGGAUAGUCCUAACACUUGUUUUGAAGUUGAUCCUGCCCGCUUGGAACCGGGAAAUGAUUUACAUGCAAAUCGCCAAAACCUUAUUGCUCUUACCCAAAAAGUAUUUGAUGCUAUUAUUAAUUCAGCAGAUCGUUUUCCUCCACAACUACGAUCCAUGUGUCACUGCUUGUAUCAGGUGCUGAGUAAACGUUUUCCGAAUCUUUUGCAAAAUAAUAUUGGAGCGGUAGGGACAGUAAUUUUUCUUAGGUUUAUAAAUCCCGCCAUAGUCUCUCCACAAGAACUGGGUGUUGUAGGUAAGCAGGUACCUAAUUCCGUGAAACGAGGACUCAUGUUGAUGUCAAAAAUUCUGCAAAACAUUGCAAAUCACGUGGAAUUUUCCAAGGAACAGCACAUGCUUUGCUUUAAUGAUUUUUUAAGAGAACAUUUUGAAGCUGGUCGGCGUUUCUUUAUACAGAUUGCUUCAGAUUGUGAAACUGUAGACCAAGCAUCGCACAGCAUGAGUUUUAUAUCAGAUGCCAACGUUUUAGCACUACACCGCCUUUUGUGGACACAUCAGGAAAAAAUUGGUGAUUAUUUAUCAAGCAGUCGCGAUCACAAAGCUGUAGGUAGACGACCAUUCGACAAAAUGGCCACAUUGCUAGCAUAUCUUGGACCACCCGAACAUAAGCCUGUUGAUUCUCACAUGAUGUUUUCUUCAUAUCCCCGCUGGAGUUCCAUAGAUAUGUCUUCGACGAAUUUCGAAGAAAUAAUGGUCAAACAUCAAAUGCAUGAGAAAGAAGAAUUCAAGACUUUAAAAUCGAUGAACAUAUUCUAUCAAGCGGGCACUAGUAAAUCAGGUUAUCCCGUUUUCUAUUACAUUGCACGCCGAUACAAGAUUGGUGAAACUAAUGGUGAUCUACUCAUAUAUCACGUUAUAUUGACGCUUAAACCAUUCUGUCACUCACCAUUCGAAGUCGUCAUUGAUUUUACGCAUGUGAACUCUGAUAACCGUUUUCGCACCGAGUUCUUGCAAAAAUGGUUCUACGUUCUACCAUCAGUAGCUUACGAAAACGUUCAUGCCGUUUAUAUAUACAAUUGCAAUUCUUGGGUCCGCGAAUACACUAAGUUUCACGAUCGUAUACUGGCUCCCCUUAAGGGCAAUCGAAAAUUAAUGUUUCUUGAUUUCCCAAACAAAUUGAAUGAGUUCAUUGAACCUGAUCAGCAAAAACUUCCGGGGGCUACGUUGUCGUUAGAUGAAGACUUGAAAGUGUUCAUUAAUGCUUUGAAGCUUAGCCACAAGGAUACCAAAGUUGCCAUUAAGGUUGGUCCAACCGCCUUGCAAAUAUCUUCAGCGGAAAAGACUAAAGUGUUAUCACACUCUGUCUUGUUGAACGAUGUUUACUACGCUUCAGAAAUUGAAGAAGUCUGUUUAGUUGAUGAUAAUCAGUUCACCUUGUCUAUAGCGAACGAAAGCGUCCAAUUAAGUUUUAUACACAAUGAUUGUGAUAACAUUGUGCAGGCCAUUAUUCAUAUUCGGAAUCGUUGGGAAUUGAGUCAACCAGAUUCGGUAACAGUUCACCAAAAGAUUAGGCCUAUAGAUGUGCCAGGAACUUUAUUAAAUAUGGCAUUGCUUAAUUUGGGAUCAGCUGAUCCAAACUUACGUACGGCUGCUUACAAUUUAUUGUGCGCUCUAACAGGCACUUUUGACUUGAAAAUUGAAGGCCAACUGCUUGAGACCCAGGGCUUAUGUAUACCAUCAAAUAAUACUAUCUUCAUAAAAUCCGUUAGCGAAAAAUUGGCUACAAAUGAACCACAUUUAACUUUGCAAUUUCUAGACGAAUGCAUACGAGGCUUUCAACGCAGCACAAUUGAACUUAAACACUUGUGCUUGGAAUAUAUGACACCAUGGUUAAAAAAUUUAGUAAAAUUCUGCAAAUCGAACGAUGAUGCCAAAAAGAAAAAAGUAUCAGAAAUUCUAGAUAAACUUAUCUGUUUAACCAUCGAACAAAAAGAAAUGUAUCCGUCUAUACAGGCGAAAAUCUGGGGUUCGGUGGGACAAAUUCCGGAAUUAAUUGACAUGGUUUUGGAUAACUUCUUACAUAAAUCCAUCACUUAUGGCCUAGGGUCACAGCAAGUUGAAAUAAUGGCCGAUACUGCGGUGGCCUUAGCCUCAGCAAACGUGCAACUAGUUUCCAAAAAAGUGAUAACGCGUAUGUGCCGUGUUAUGGAUAAAACUUGCACAAAUCCUACUCAAUAUUUGGAACAGCAUAUGAUGUGGGACGAUAUAGCCAUAUUAGGGCGGUAUCUGCUAAUGCUUUCGUUUAACAAUUGCUUAGAUGUAGCAACGCAUCUACCGUACCUUUUCCAUACAAUAACCUUUCUGGUUUGUUCGGGCUCGUUAUCUAUGCGAGCAUCUACGCAUGGCUUAGUUAUUAAUAUCAUUCAUUCUUUAUGUACUUGCACAAAACCGACCUUCUCCGAAGAAGCUCAGCGGGUCUUGCGUUUGUCGUUAGAUGAAUUUUCUUUACCAAAAUUUUAUUUACUGUUCGGGAUUAGCAAAGUGAAGUCGGCCGCAGUUACAGCCUUUCGUUCAAGUUGUCGUCAUCCACCUGAUAAAUGGCUGGGCAACGAACGGGUCGCACAACCUUUGCCCUCCGACCGUGAACGCCUGUCAUUGCCUUCUUUAGAAGUUAUCACUGAUGCUUUGCUUGAAAUUAUGGAGGCUUGCAUGCGCGAUGUACCUGAUUGCCAAUGGUUGCCUACAUGGAAUUCUUUGGCACGUAGUUUUGCUUUCUGUUAUAAUCCGGCGUUGCAACCACGAGCCUUAAUUGUCUUUGGUUGUAUUAGUAAAAGUGUUACGGAUCAAGAAGUUAAGCAAUUGCUGCGUAUUUUGGUUAAAGCUUUAGAGUCUUUUAAUGACAUUAUACUAAUCGAGGCAUUGGUAAUGUGUUUGACCCGCAUACAACCUCUGUUGCGUCUGGAAUCUCCCAUACAUCGAGCUCUAUUUUGGGUAGCAAUAUCCGUUCUGCAAUUAGACGAAGUGACUUUGUACGGAGCUGGUUUAGCGUUAUUGGAGCAAAAUUUACAUACAUUGAAAUCUCAAGGUUGUUUCGAUAAUGCCAACAUUGCUGAUGUCAUGAUGAACACACGAGAGAAGUUGGAAUGGCACUUUAAACAAUUGGAUCAUGCUGUCGGUCUGUCAUUUCGCAGUAAUUUUCACUUUGCUCUUGUUGGUCAUUUAAUAAAGGGAUUUCGUCAUCCAACGCCAACCACCGUUUCAAGAACGGCGCGAGUUUUAAUUAUGCUGUUGGGUAUUAUAGCUAAGCCUUUACGCCGGGAUAAAUUUGAAGUAACCCCAGACAGCGUGGCCUAUUUGACAGCAUUGGUUGCUGUCUCCGAGGAGGUUCGAUCACGUUGUCAUGUAAAGCAUGCUCUACCCCGUUGGCCCGCUGAGUUGGUGAAUACUACGGAAAAUGGAGAAAUAUCCAGUAAUGGUUUCCAAAAUCAACUGGGUAGUAUGCCUCUUUCGCGACGACAAAAAUCUUGGGACAUACUGGAUCAGACAGCUAUGAUUUUCGCCCGACAACAUAAAAUACCUGUUCCUCAGAACGUUCGAGUUUUAUUUAAAACUCAACGCUCCUUCUCAGUACCGACAACUAAAGAACCGAAAAGCUCAAGCUCAAGCGCCAUCGAAGAACGCCAGGAACGUGGAUCACGUACUUCAGUUUCCAAUGAAUCAAACGUCUUAUUAGAUCCGGAAGUGUUGCCGGAUCUAUCCAUACAAGCUUUAGUCUUGACUGUUUUGGCCACUUUAGUUAAAUACUCAUCGGAUGAAAAUGAAACACGUGUUCUCUAUCAGUAUUUGGCCGAAGGUUCAGUAGUGUUUCCUAAAGUUUUUCCAGUAAUCCAUUCACUACUCGAUCAAAAGAUUAAUAAUAUUCUAUCUGUGUCACAUGAUCAAGUCGUUCUUAAUUCUGUUCAAAGCAUUAUACAGAACAUGUUGGCCAGCGAAGAUCCGUCACAACAACAACUGCAUUUUUUACAAAGUUGCGGUUUUGGCGGUUUAUGGCGUUUUGCCGGUCCUUUUACGAGAUAUAAUAUAAUGGGAGAAUCAUCGGAGUUGUUUGUAAAUUGUUUAGAAGCCAUGGUUGAAACAUGCUUGCCAAGUGAUGAUGCUAUGGCGGUGCCGCCUUCGCCACGACCCUACAAUCUUAGUUCCAGCUUGAGUAGUCUAACUUUAGGAUCGCCUACAGAUAAAGCUUUCUCAUCGGAAUCAUUAGAUCAUGACAAUUUCGGCGGCAGUGUUAAUUCACUACGUCGAGCAUCAUACAGUAAGGCACGUGCUAAACAUCGAAUUAAUGACAGUCCAUCCCAUUAAAAAUAUAAACUAUAAAAACUUCUAACGUUCAACCACCUUGAAAUUUCGAUAAAUUCAUAAAAGAAAAAUCGAAUAAAAGAUCCCGUACCUAAGUAACGUACCACCGUUGUUAAUGUUAAGCGCGUUUUUUGGAAAUCCCCCAUGCAUUAAAGCACACGCCGACACACGUCAAGUGAAAUUCAUUUAAAUAUUCCAAAGCAUUAUAAUUACAACAGCACUUAUAUAAUAAUAAUAAUAAUAAUAUAGUAACAACGUAGAAGUAAUGCAAACCGACUAUUUAAAUACCCUGCACUAAAUAUAAUAGAAGUGAAACUAAGUAACAUUUAUUGUAUAAGGCGUUUAUUUAAGUAUUGUAGUUACGUUUUGACAAAUUUAUAUACACCCACCACCAAUUGACGUGAUUUUAGUGCAUAUUCGCUUUGCCAUUCAAUCUUUAAAUUUUCGAAUUAUCCCAUUUUAGUUUGGUACAUAGAGAAUUUUUAAAUUAAUUGCCAUAUUUUUUUAUUUCAAGGUUGCACCGAGUUCAACACGAAAUUGCAUGCACUAUUUAAUAAUCUAUCUACCGCUUGUUACAACUUUUCUUGAUUUCUUGGGCAAUAGACAUGUAUUCCUGUGUA